AGAGAAAGAGUGACGUCACUGAGGCAUUGUUUCGGGCGGAGUCGCGGCGGCCAGUCAGAAGGCGCGAGGCAGUGACGCGGGCGGGGCGGCAGGGGGAGCCCUCCCGCCCGCCUGCCCGCCUGGCGCCCUCCUCCUCCUCCUUUUCCUCCUCCUCCUCCUCCUCGGUCCCGCCCCGCUUUCCCUUCGCCCCUCGCCGGCCUGCGUCACCGGGCAAGAUGGAGACCGCCGAGGAAGACAUAUGCAGGGUAUGUCGGUCUGAAGGAACUCCAGAAAAGCCUCUCUAUCAUCCGUGUGUAUGCACUGGCAGUAUUAAAUUUAUCCAUCAAGAAUGCUUAGUUCAGUGGCUCAAACACAGCAGAAAAGAAUACUGUGAAUUAUGUAAACACAGAUUUGCUUUCACACCAAUUUAUUCCCCAGAUAUGCCUUCCCGGCUUCCAAUCCAAGACAUAUUUGCUGGACUAGUUACAAGUAUUGGCACGGCAAUACGAUACUGGUUUCACUAUACGCUUGUGGCCUUUGCAUGGUUGGGAGUUGUACCUCUUACAGCAUGCCGCAUCUACAAGUGCUUGUUUACUGGCUCUGUGAGCUCACUACUGACACUGCCGUUAGAUAUGCUUUCAACAGAGAACUUACUGGCAGACUGUUUGCAAGGUUGUUUUGUGGUGACAUGCACACUCUGCGCAUUUAUCAGUCUUGUCUGGUUACGUGAACAAAUUGUCCAUGGAGGAGCACCGCAGUGGCUGGAACAAAAUCAGCAGCAAGCCAUCAAUGAUGUUGGGCAACCAAAUGAGGCUCAAGGUGCUGGAAACGGCGGAGCUGAAAAUGCUGCACCUGACCAGCCUGUGGAUCAGCCUGCUGAGAAUGCUGUUGUAGGGGAAAAUCCAGAAAUCCAAGAAGAACAACCAGAUGAAGAAGAGGAAGACAAUGAAGAUGAAGAAGAUGUUGUAGUAGAAGAUGCAGCAGAUGCAAACAAUGGAGCUCAAGAUGACAUGAACUGGAAUGCUUUGGAAUGGGAUCGAGCUGCAGAAGAACUCACAUGGGAAAGAAUGCUUGGGCUUGAUGGAUCCCUAGUCUUUCUAGAACAUGUAUUCUGGGUGGUGUCAUUAAAUACACUAUUCAUACUUGUGUUUGCAUUUUGUCCCUACCACAUUGGCCACUUCUCUAUUGUUGGGCUAGGCUUUGAAGAAUAUGUUCAAGCAUCACACUUUGAAGGCCUAAUCACAACAAUAGUUGGCUACGUUCUCCUGGCAGUCUCCUUAAUUGUGUGCCAUGGCUUGGCUGCACUUGUAAAAUUUCAGAGAUCUCGUCGCUUGCUUGGAGUAUGCUAUAUAGUUGUCAAGGUGUCAUUGUUAGUGGUGGUAGAAAUUGGUGUUUUCCCUCUCAUCUGUGGCUGGUGGUUGGACAUAUGUUCUCUGGAAAUGUUUGACGCUACUUUGAAGGACAGAGAGUUGAGUUUCCAAUCCGCUCCUGGCACAACGAUGUUCCUUCAUUGGCUAGUAGGAAUGGUGUAUGUCUUUUACUUUGCGUCCUUCAUCCUUUUGCUGCGAGAGGUCCUGAGACCUGGUGUCCUCUGGUUUCUGAGAAAUUUAAAUGAUCCAGACUUCAAUCCAGUUCAAGAAAUGAUUCAUUUGCCUAUUUAUAGGCAUCUCAGAAGGUUUAUUUUAUCAGUGAUAGUCUUUGGGUCAAUUGUCUUGCUCAUGCUUUGGCUUCCAAUACGAAUUAUUAAAUAUCUGCUGCCUCAUUUUCUUCCAUAUAAUGUCAUGCUCUACAGUGAUGCUCCUGUGAGCGAACUUUCCCUCGAACUGCUUUUGCUUCAGGUUGUACUUCCAGCUUUGCUUGAACAGGGACACACGAGGCAGUGGCUGAAGGGUCUUGUACGGGCAUGGACUGUUACUGCUGGGUACUUACUGGAUCUGCAUUCUUACUUACUUGGAGACCAGGAAGAAAAUGAAAACAAUGCAAACCAACAGCCUAAUAACCAACCUGCUCGCAAUAACAAUGCCAUUCCAGUUGUGGGAGAAGGUCUUCAUGCAGCCCACCAAGCCAUACUACAACAAGGAGGACCUGUUGGUUUUCAGCCUUACCGUAGGCCUUUAAAAUUUCCACUCAGGAUAUUUCUGUUGAUCGUUUUUAUGUGUAUAACACUGCUAAUUGCAAGUCUUAUUUGCCUUACAUUACCAGUGUUUACUGGACGUUGGUUGAUGUCCUUUUGGACAGGAACUGCCAAAAUCCAUGAAUUAUAUACAGCUGCUUGUGGACUGUAUGUUUGCUGGCUUACCAUUCGAGCGGUGACUGUUCUUGUCGCUUGGAUGCCACAAGGCCGCCAAGUGAUUUUUCAGAAAGUUAAGGAAUGGUCCCUUAUGAUAAUGAAGACAUUAAUAGUUGCGGUGCUGCUGGCUGGUGUAGUUCCACUUCUGCUUGGACUUCUCUUUGAGUUAGUUAUUGUCGCUCCUUUAAGAGUUCCCCUGGAUCAGACACCACUCUUCUAUCCAUGGCAGGACUGGGCUCUUGGUGUUCUACAUGCCAAAAUAAUUGCUGCCAUAACUCUGAUGGGUCCUCAGUGGUGGCUGAAAACAGUUAUUGAGCAGGUUUAUGCAAAUGGAAUACGAAAUAUUGACUUACACUUUAUAAUACGGAAGCUUGCAGCGCCUGUUAUCUCAGUUUUGUUGCUUUCCCUGUGCGUACCUUACAUCAUAGCUUCUGGUGUUGUACCUUUACUAGGUGUCACUCCUGAAAUGCAAAAUCUAGUACAGCGUCGGAUUUAUCCUUUUCUACUCAUGGUGGUGGUUUUGAUGGGGAUCUUAUCCUUCCAGGUCCGUCAGUUCAAGCGCCUUUAUGAACACAUUAAAAAUGACAAAUACCUUGUUGGACAGCGACUGGUGAAUUAUGAACGAAAAGCUGGGAAACAAGCAACAUCGCCGCCACCCCCCCAGUCUUCACAAGAAUAGAAAUGGUCACAUGGAAUUACUUGAUCUUCCCUUGCCUUUGUGUCCUUUUUCAAAGACUUGUCUUCAUUCUUUGGGUGUCUUUCCCAACAGUCCUCUCAGCUGGGUUUUUAUCUUUUAAUUUUUGCUUCUUUUCUCAUGGUAUUCAGAUAGCAGUUAAGGCUGUGCCCUUUUUAUCUGCAUUUUCUGAUGUUAUCAGUGCUGAGACCUGUAAAUGUGUAAAUAGCAAUACCCGAUACCCUAAAAACUUGGAUUAAAAAUGAAUGUUCAUUGUACAUCUUUAAAAGAAUAUUAAUUUAUUAAAUCUAGUUGUCACUUUAUUUUGGACUGUUGUUCCUUUGACGUAUGUGCCACAAAGCAAUACUGCAAGAGAUGAGAUAUGUAUUUUUUAAACCGAACCUCUUUUUUUUUUUAAUGGUGGCCUUGGCCAUUUCCAAAACAUCAUGUUUGGAAAGCUAAGGGCUCAUUGCAGAAAUGAAAUGAAAUUACCCUUACAGUCAGCAGUAAAAUGGCUGUGGCGAAAACACAUGAGCUUCAUUUGAUCUUUUUUUAGCAUUUUAUAUAACAUCAAAGCUGUUGUACAUUUUUGUUUAAUUAUUUUCCCCAUGUGUCUGAAUUUGUAAUAUUGUAUGGUAACUGCUAGAUCAAGACAAUUUUUCUCCUUGAAACAUUUUUGGCAUUGCUUGUUUGGCUGUGAGGCAUUAAUUCCUUGGCACUGGAAGACAGAAUUUUAAUGAAUUUCUAAGCACUUAAAUCAAAGUUCAUUAGAGCUAAGUGGCAGGAAUACUUAAAUCAGCUAAUUGAGAGAUAUUGUGGAAGAAUGUAUUUCUAGCACAUGAGCCAAUAUUUCCUCUUUUUUUACAUCUUUGAAACUGUACAGUUUAAGUGCUAACAGGAAUUUAUUUACUCUAGAGAACAAUAAAGGUUAUCUGACAUGUUUAUCAAGAGCGCAAAGAACUUAAGAAAUGAACGGAACAUGCUGUGAAAGACCCCUUUUCUUCCGAAUGGCCUGAAACAUUUUCACGACCAAAGUUGCAAAUUGUACUAUGGGCUCUAAAGGACCUCACAUUAAAAAUGAACACUUCUAAGUCUAGAAAUGGUUGGUGUUAAUUCUGCAUGGCAGUAAUGCUAGACAUUUUGAUGAGUUAGUAGAUUAUAGGGAAAGAACCUACAUCACAUUAAUUAAGAGCAGGAAAACGUUUGGUUUGUGUU